AAAAGUGACAAAAAUAUAACCUAACAUUUUUUGAUUAGAUCGGUGAUAUUGUAUUCUGUGUCGGUGAUUAAGCAGAAAUAGUAAAAAUGUCUUGGGCAAGUAUAAAAGAAAAGUUGAAAAGCAACAAAAAAGAAGACUUAUACGAGUGUAUAAGAAUUUUAUUAAAAAUAAGCACUAACAUAAUAAAUGAUCCAGGAAAUGAGAAAGUACUUAUCUUAAAAAAGAGCAAUGCCACUUUGGCAACUAAAGUUUUUUCUCUUAAAGGAGGAUUUGAGUGUUUGCAACACAUGGGUUUUAAAGAAGACAAAGAAACAUUAAUUUUUACCAGUAAUUUAAAUAAUCUUAAGCAAGUUAAACAAAACAUAGAUAAGCUUAAAGAAGAUAUAGAUAAAGGUAUUUUGGAGAAGGAAACAAAGGAGACAAAGCAAAUUGUUGGGGCAUCUGCUUCAACUACAAUCAAAAAUGAAAAUAUUAAAAAAAUAAUAUUACCUCCACUUCUUUAUUUUUAUUCAAACAGUUUUCUAAGGUACAUUGAAGCUCAAUUUCAUCAAGCACUAGCUUAUGAAGAUAAAGAAUUACAAGAAAGGGCUACAAAAUUAAUACCAGUAAAUAAAUUGGAACUUAAUGCAACUGAGCACUUAAGAAAAUUACAAACAGAAUAUAAAAAAAAAAACAUUCCGGACCUUAACAUAUCAAUACAAGACAUGUUGAUUCUUGAACUUUUAGAAUGGUUCAAAGAAGAUUUUUUUGCUUGGGUUGAUACUGUUGAAUGCAGUCAUUGCAGUGGAAAAACUAAAUCUUCUCAUAUGAGUCAGGACCCGAAAGAUUUAAAAUACACUGACAGAGUUGAGAUACACAAAUGCAUUACUUGUGGGAAGUUCAGUCCAUUUCCUAGAUACAACGAUUUAAACAUUUUAUUGGAGACUCGGAAGGGCAGAUGUGGAGAAUGGGCCAAAAUUUUCACUCUACUUUGUAGGGCCAUGGGCUGGGAUGCCAGAUUUAUUGAGGCUGUGGAUGAAGAUCAUGUUUGGACUGAGGUUUACUCAUUUUCUCAAAAACGUUGGUUACACUGCGAUCCAUGCGAAAACAUCUGCGAUAAACCUUUGAUAUACGAAGCGGGAUGGAACAAAAACUUAAGUUACGUCCUCGCUUUUUCCGCUGAAGAAGUUCAAGAUGUGACGUGGAGAUACUCCGGUAGCCACGAUGAAGUGCGCAAAAGGCGCAAAAAAGUUCCCGAGAGCGAAUUGAUCGAGGCCAUGUUGAAAUUACGCGACAAUCGACAAAAAAACUUAUCGAAAUCGAAGAAAGAGUAUUUGACUAGGCGAACGCUCUUUGAACUGGCCGAACUGCUAGUGGAAAGGAAGGCGAGUGGUGAAGAUGCACAAAGUCGAAUUUCCGGUGCGAUGGAAUGGAAAAUGUCCAGAUGUGAAAAUGUGGAUUACGUGCCGUUAGUUUGGAAGAUAAGGGACGUUCCGGAAAAAUAUGUUACUAUCAGGUAUUCCCCUGCAAACGAUUCCUACGAGUAUCUCUGUGAUAAUAAAGCUUUAAAAAAAACUGAUAAGUGGACUUCAGGUAUAUAUUUUAUGAAGGAUGUGUUUAGGAAAGAAGAGAAGGAUUGGAAGCAGGUUUAUCUUUGCAGAAAAGAUGGAAGUGACACUGGAGUAAUAUCAUGGAAAUUUGAAUUAACCAAUAAAAAAAUUAUAGAUAAAGUGGACUUGAACUUUGAUUAUUCAGUGUUUGAAUCAGGAGAAGUAAAACUGCAAAUAAUCGCAGAUAACAUCCACAUUGACAUUCAAAAAGGUAAGACAAAUUUUGAGAUACCAGAGUUGUCAGGACAAACAUGUUUUACUAUAACUGCCACAAUGUCAGGAGGGAAAGGUGAUCAUAAAUGGCAGCACGCUCAACUUUUUCGUCAGCCCAUCGACAACGAAAAUUAUCCGUUUAUAGUAAAAAUAUGCCUGAAAGACUCCUAAAAUUUUAAUUUUUAUCCCAUGUUUAUGCAGUGAUUACUUACCACCUAUAUAGAUGGUACAAUAAUGUAUUUUAUAUUUUAA